CUCGUCUUCGCCUGCGAAGUGGCGCUUGAUGUCGAUGACAGACUGGUGAAGGAGCUGCAAGGGGUCCAAGACCAUUUUCUGCGGCGCCUCGCCAGCUUGAAUCCACGCAGCAUCCGUGGCGUCCUCAAUACGGAAACUGGACUCAUGCCGUUGCGCGCUCGACGCUUAUUGUUGGCGCUUCGGUACCUGGGAUAUCUCUUGACUCUAUCGGACGACCAUCUGGCAAGGCUUGCUCUGGAGGAGUCCUUCGAUCUCGCCCGCAACGGGUGCCCUUGCUGGAUAACGGACCUGCAGCAUGUCCUCAAGUCCUACGUGCCCGCUCAUCAGCGAUCACUGGUCCGCUUGCACGACCGCAACCUUCUACCUGCCCUGCAGACAGAGGUGGAACACGCGGCAGACCAUCUCUUAGCGGCCGAACUUCAGGCAAUGUCGCGCCUGGAUCUUUGGAAUGCACGCGCGACAGGGAAGGUACAUGCCCUCCUCCACUGCCGAGGACAUGCUGCACUCAUUGAUUUGCGCGAGGAAUUCCUGCGUAGGCUGGACGACCUCGGCUUGCAACGCGAGCCUCCUCCAGACGACCAUUGGGACCUACGCCUCAUUUGGUGGCUGGCGGAACACAAGCGGGACGACGUUAGGGCUUUAUGGGCACAUUUCGUGUACCGCGUUCUUGCAGUUUUUGAUACCGUGCCGAUGUUCGUUCUUCCACGCUACAGGAAGAGUGUCGUCACAUAG